CAGAUCGAGCGAAGGCGGUACCUUCAGAAGCGCAAUCGGCGUAGAGAAAAUCUGAUAAAAAAAGCAUUCCAAAUGUGCAUCCUUUGUGACACUGAAAUAUUUCUCGGCAUCCGUGUCAAGGAAACUGGUCAAGUCACAACAUUUUGCUCAGAUCCCGCCGGUAUUUGGUCCUCUUCACUAUCAUGUUUGGAGUCUUAUUACCCGGUUCCUAUUCACAAGACACUAGACGACUUCCUGAAAACACGAGAGGAAGAUGAGGAGGACCAAGGAGAUCCGAAUAGCGAGGAAGCU